UAAUGUCCAUGUCCGGCAAAGUGUAUAAAUAAUGAGAGAGUAGCGAACUUCCCCAACUCUAAAAUCCAUCUUCUUGAACGGUAGUCGCACUAGAUCACAAUGGUACAACCUCGGACCAAAAAUGGCGACGCAACUAAUUUUUCCCGCACUUUUAAGUAUCUCAUGGCGACGCAGAUUUUGUCGAGGGGCAUACCUUUUUUCUUCAAUACCUGGAUUAUCAGGCAUCUUACUGCAGCCGAUUACGCUGUUUAUGCAGUGCAGUUUCAUCUGUUAGUUACUUGUAUACUGUUUGUCAGCCGAGAAGGGUUCAGGCGAGCAUGUAUGCGGGCAGAAAUUAAGAGUGAUGACUCUUCAGCGGGCGAAUAUGCGGCAAAGAUAUUAAAAGUAGCCUGGCUGUCUCUUCCACUCGGAGUAUUUUUUACAGUGAUAGCAUGUGCAUUUGUCUUCUGGUGGCAAAAUUUGAGCUAUUCUAGCCCCUAUGGGCAGGCUAUAUUAUUGAACGGCUUUGCAUGCUUAUUGGAGCUUUUAGCAGAACCAUUAUAUAUUUUAGCUCAAUAUACGUUUUGUCUCAAACUGCGGAUGGUGGUUGAAAGUGCUGCAACACUUUCUCGUUGUGUGACUACAUAUGCCCUUAUUGUUGGGAACAAUGACAUGGAAAAGGCAACUGUAUUUGCUUUAUCACAAGUUUCAUAUGGAGGUUGUGUGUGCCUAGGUUAUUGGUGCUACUUUGCCUUUUAUCAUAAAUUGCAAGGUUCAAAGCUUUUUCCUUUCAGAGUAGGUGAUAUGAUGACCUAUGACAAACCACUGUCGAAGAUGUGUACAUUGUUCACUCUUCAGUCGUUUCAAAAGUUGAUUCUUCAAGAAGGAGAAAAAAUGGUACUUGUGUGGUUCGAUACACCAUAUAACCAAGCUGUAUAUGGACUAAUUGACAAAUUAGGUAGCUUGGUGGUGAGAAUGGUAUUUCUUCCUUUUGAAGAAAGCUCAUAUACAAUAUUUGCGAGGUCUGCUUCAGAAGAUUCUAAAGAUAGAAGGAAGGAUCUAGGGCGCCGCCUCACCGAAGCCUUAAAGCUUGUAUUGCUGAUUGGUCUUAUUUUUGUGUCUUUUGGACCAAGCUAUUCAUAUUCUCUCUUGAGAUUGUUGUAUGGACAAAAGUGGAGUGAUGGAGAAGCGUCAACUGCUCUCAGAUACUACUGCUUGUACAUUACAUUUCUGGCACUGAAUGGAACAUCAGAAGCUUUUCUGCAUGCUGUUGCUGAUGAGAAGCAACUGAAGCGCUCUAAUAAUUCAUUGAUUGUAUUCUCACUGAUCUAUGUUUUUCUGAAUGUGUUGCUAGUUCGAUCAGCUGGUGCACUUGGUUUGAUAUUUGCAAAUGCUACAAAUAUGACACUGAGGAUAGCAUAUUCUGCAGUAUUUAUCAAGCAUUACUUCCAGGGCUCAUCGUCAUUUUCAUUUCGUAGCUGUAUGCCUUCUGGAUGGAUAGUGCUGCUAUUUUCUGCAGUGGUUACUCUGUUAUCAGAGAAGAUAUUUCUGGACAGGAAUAACUUUCUGACUACAUUUUUGCUCCACUUUUCUGUUGGGUUCACUUGUUUCUGCAUUUCAGCUUUUGUCAUAUAUCACGGUGAGCGAGAUUUUAUCAACAAAUUGAUCCACAUUCGUCGUCAUGCUGACUAGACGGGUUUUAAGAUGAAUGCAAGGGAAAUGGAGUGCCUUUUGAGUUUGUCCAACACUUGUGUUCUGUUGACUAGAAAUACAUUAUGCAGUAGGAGCUUUAUUGAACUACCAAUCAGCAGAUUCUUGUCCUGGCUUUCUAUCUCUCUCCCUAUGGUCCAUCUUCAGAAUUUUGAGAAUAGCUGCAUUUGGUAGCCUUCAGCUAGGGUAACGUAACUACUUGUUUACACUGUCUCCUUCACUGUGGAAAAUCCUGUUGACAUCGCUGAAUCUUAGCUUAGUGGUUGGUUAGUACGAGGAACAUCAACUUGCUCUUGAAGAAAGCUAAGUGAGUCUGGUUUCUUUUUCCAUUUGUGUAUAGAAAUGACCUCUUGCACAAAGUUGUAGCAAAGAACUAACCAAGUUCUAGUGCAUUACUAAAUACAAGUAUAAUUGCUGGCUAAAUGACACUGGGCGUCACUGGUCAAGUUCAACCUAGAUGAGCUUUUACACUGGACUGUUAGAUACGUCACCGUUUUUAUUUGUUGUUGUUGUUGUUGUUGUUGUUGUUGUUGUAGCUAACUCAAUUUGGAAAUUAUUCUGGAGGAUUUGUUGCAACUUGCAAGGAUUACGUAUGGAGAAUAUUAUAUCUGCAGUUUCUAGCA